UGAGCUUGGGCCACAUCUUUGUGCUCAGGCAAGAUCACAUUAGUUGUCUGUUUCUGCUACAAUAACCUCACAGGCUGUUGGUGUGUAUUUUGAACUCAGCCAUUUAGCUCCCUGCAUUGUUGCUCUGUAGUGUUACUCACUGAGUGUGGACAAAACAGGUCCCUCUGUAGCCUGUGAAGCCCCAGUGGCCUAAUGGAUAAGGCACUGGCCUCCUAAGCCAGGCAUUGUGGGUUUGAGUCCCAUCUAGGGUGAUUUACAGCAGAGUGGCGCAGCAGAAGCGUGCUGGGCCCAUAACCCAGAGGUCGAUGGAUCGAAACCAUCCUCUGCUAGCUCAUUUUUCCCAAUCUUACGCAGUUCACACCAAUUAUCAUGUGAUGAAACUUGAAACCCCCAACCCCCCCAUUUAUUUUUUCAUAUUUUUCGAACAUUGAGGCAUCAGGAUCAAAUGCAGGCUGUAUAGUCACUAGUUGAAAGCUUAAAUUAGGUUGAACAAUAAGAUAGUGUAUUACAAGAAAAUGUUUCACAUGAAAAAAAAAAUUUCUACCACCAUUUUACCACUAGGAACAACAUUGGAGAAUAGUCUUGCUCGGUGCACAGUGUUCUUUAAAAUGCUGGGUCUUCAGCUUUCUCUUGAAAGUGGAGAGGGACUCUGUGGAUUGAAUGGAGUUGGGUAUUCAUUACAGCAUUUAGGGACAACAGAAGAAAGGAGUCAAACUAGUGACUUUUGGGCCAGUGCUGUAAGUACCAGGCGCCUUUCCUUGGCUGACCGUAGCAGGCAAGAAGGGGUGUAGACCUGGAUGAGGGGUUCCUAGUAAACAGGAGCGGUUUUUGGUUACAGCUUUGAAAGCAAUGGUUAGAGUUUUGUAUCUAAUGACAGCUGCAACUGAAAGCCGGUGUAGAGAGAUGAACAGAGGACUGACAUGAGCUGUCUUGGGCUGGUUGAAGACCAGACAUACUGCUGCAUCCUGGAUGAUUUGCAGAGGUUUAACUGUGCUUGCAGGGAGGCCUGCCAUUAAGGAGUUGCAGUAGUCAAUUCUUGAUGUUACCAGGAGCCUGUACCAGGAGCGGUGUGUCAUGAUCUGUCAGGUAGGGUCUCACCCUCUUGAUGUUAUUGAGAGCAAAUGGCAGGAGUGAGCUAUCAAGGCCACAUGAACCUUAAAAGUUAGCCGGUCGUCAAUUACAACAUCAAGAGCAGGCAUAGUGGGCAUAGGUUUAUUUGAUCCAAACUGAAUGUUGUUCUGUGGUUCCACAGUGGGACUGUCUGGAAUGAUAUUAAGCUCAGUCUUGGACAGGUUGAGCUGAAGGUGACAUUUGUUCAUCCAUUUGGAAAUAUCAGCAAGGCAGGAUGAAAUCCCUGUGAGGUUAGACUUAUACCACUGGAGGGAAGACCCUGAGAUGCUUAGUGAAGAGACAGUGGAGAGGGGGAUUUUGUGGUUUACUAUUUCAAAGGCAGUAGACAGAUCCAGCAGCAAGAGAACUGAGGACUGACCAGUUUCUCUAGCCGAAUGCAACCAUACCGACUAUUGUGCAGUUUCAGUACAGUGGCCUUUAGGGACCUAGAAGUUCUUGCAAUAUGUGCUUUGACUAACCACAUUUACUAAUACACAAUAAUUGAAUGUGCCUGUAAGAGUCCAUUGAAGAAAAUGAAAAGGGUCUGUUUCUGCCACAAAAGCUUAUAUGUUCGUAUGUAUUUUGAACCCAGUCAUUAAGCUUCCUGCGUUGUUGCUCUGUAUCAGUAUGACACAAAAGCUAGAGUAGCAUCUUUGCACUCAAGCUAGAUCAAAAAAGUUUCUGCCACAAUAGCCUCACUGGCUGUUGGUGUGUAUUUUGAACCCAGUCAUUUAGCUGCCUCUAUUGUGGCUCUGUAGUGUUGUAGUAUAACUCACUGAGUGAGGAUAGAACAAGCCAGCUCUUCCUCUGUGAAGCCCCAGUGGCCCCAUGUGAAGUCCAGGGAGUCAGGCAAUGCUGGGGCUCAGGAUGAAUGAGGACCAUCUUGACCAAAAAAACUGAAGGCAAAAUUGAUUUGUAUUCUUUCUGACUCUCACACAUGAAAAUUUACUUUCUGGUCCCCUUUUGUAGAUGGUUUCCUUGUGAGGCAACAAACAACUCUGUUGUAGCCCCCAUCACGGUGUGAAAUUAAAAUGUACUUUUUGACAUCAUCAGGAAAGACAGAUAGCCCUGAGUUCACAAGUGUUAUGUGUGCCUUUGAGUGCUGUGUGCUGACAUCAGUAUGACACAUGAGCUUGGGUCGCAUCUUUGUGCUCAGGCAAGAUCAAAUUGGUUGUCUGUUUCUGCCACAAUAGCCUCACAGGCUGUUGGUGUGUAUUUUGAACUCAGCCAUUCAGCACCCUGCAUUGUUGCUCCGUAGUGUAGCUCACUGAGUGUGAACAGAACAUGUCACUUUGUGGCCUGUGAAGCCCCAGUGGCCUAAUGGAUAAGGCACUGGCCUCCUAAGCCAGGGAUUGUGGGUUCGAGUCCCAUCUGGGGUGAUUUGCAGCAGAGUGGUGCAGCGGAAGUGUGCUGGGCCCAUAACCCAGUGGUCGAUGGAUCGAAACCAUCCUCUGCUAUUCUACUUUUCAAAUGCUUCCUGUCUUUACACCAUUCAUCAUGCAACAAAAUCACACAACUGUUCCUCGUCAGGAAUGGCGCUCUUAUGUUAAUUGCUUGCAGAUCAGCUUGACAGUUUCCCUCUGGAUUUACACCUUAGAUGGAUACUUUUAAGUGCAAUAUUUAUUUGCAUUCAAACAUAAAAUGUACAAAUUGAUAUAAUGAAGUUGAAUAUAAAAAAACAGCGGACUCAAGGACUUUAUGAAGCUCAUAUUGGAAUAAAGGUAUUUUCAGGACAUUGAAGCAGGCAACAAAGUGUAGAUAUCAUAAAAUAGAAGCUGAGAUACACACAGGGUUAAUGUAAUCAUUCUUAAUGGGUCCAGUUAGGAGUGAAGCUACAGCAGUUGUUGCAAUUGAAGACAGCAGCCUGAUGGUGUCCCAGAACCAAUUUUGUAAUAAGACUGGAACACUGAAAUCACAGUUGAUAUGAAACAGGUGUUUUUCAUCCAGCUACAGGUACCAUAGGUGGCUACAAUGCUGAAAAUGAUGUUGGCUUGCAAUAAUAAACUGAUAAGUCUAUGUCUGAAUUUCCAUGACACAUAAAGCUGUGUCUAAUUUCAAGCCUGCUGGCUGAUCAUGUUAGAUACAAACACACCUUGCAGCUCCACUGGCUCUAAUAUUUAAAAAGUGACAGGUGGAUGAAAACAGGAUCAGACGGGGGAUGUUGGAUGAAGUCGACAGAGAGGAGAGAGGUGACAUUUGUGUAUAUGUGUGAAUUAUCUCUGCUGUAAUUGCUUUCUCACUUGUGCAUGUAGAACAUGUUUCCUCAUGCUGCUCUUGGUUUAUAAAGUCAUCCAUCAUUGUCCUGCGUGUCAUCUCACAGUUUGUAGCUCAUAUUAAAUUUCAAAAUGAGGCUGCACUGAAGAUAGAUGCACAUUAUAUUCUGAUGCCGACAAUUUCCUCCUUCAUGUGUCAGGAUGGAUACACAAUUUUGGGUGCAUAUCUGUCUCUGUGGUCUUCUCCAUGUGCUGCAUUGACACUGUUGAGGUUCAGCUCUGUUUCUGGGUGUUUUCAAGAAGGAAAUCUUGCUGCAAAGUUAACAGGCUAAUCAUGUAUCAAUGCAGCUCUGAUGCUGCCUUUCAUCUCAUUGCAUUAUUUCUUAGAAAAAAACAAACAAAGCAAAAGCAAGAUAGAGAGUACAAAGAAGUGAAAUUAAUUAUUCAAGAAAAGUAAAACAUGAACAAAUUAAGCUUUUAUAAAGUUGGUCUUUAUGCAAACUGACUUUAAAUGUUACUCUGCUGCACUGGAAUCAAUUAAUGGCCUCUUAUUUAUUUCAAACAUCCUCUAUUUCCCCAGAAAGGGAACAAACUGCAGUUUGAGAAAACAUGUUUAAACAAGUGGAUAAAGAUGUGACCUCUGAAAAAAAUCUAUCAACAUUUGGGAAUCAAAUCAUGCAGUUCAACCACACAGAUGACAACAGGAGUGUUUCCAAGGGACACUAAGGUGAUCACACUUACAUGGUUGAGUGGUUGAUGUUAGCGCGCAAGUGUGUCCCAUUCCUGCAACAAUCAAAUGUGCAGCACGCUUGAUUUGCACUGUUUCUGUACUUACUGUAAGACCAAUGCUGAGCAGUUCAAACCCCACAAUGCAUCACAUCUGUGACAUUUAUUCCCACUACAUUACAAUCAAAAGUUGUGAGACUGACAUGCCACUGAAGAAACUCCAAGGUAAAAGGACUCUCUAAUGGUCCAGGGCUUCGGGAGGCAGGGCCUUAUGAUUUUAUUAACAUAAAAAAUAGGUAGUUAAUCUAUGUGUAAAAUACUGGAAGCACGGACACACAGAGAGAAGCAAACUGAAUAUCUUGAUUAUAUUCUACAUGAAGAUGCCAUGUUGUAACUUUGAUAUUACAUUCAUAACUUUUUAAUGAUAGAACUGUAUGUAUGCAAGCUCCAUGAAUGUGAGUGCAGUGAGUGGUUCUGACAAUUCAUUUGAACAGGGACUAAAGAAAAAAACCCACUUUGAUUUAACUUCUUAAGGUGACCAGUGCAAAGAACACAGCAUUUAAAGGAUACUGCAAAGUAUCUGUUGACAUAACCUUUAGGGAUCGUUUUGAAUGAUUGAUACUGAUAACAAUUAGAAGUAGUUCAUGAGUCCAGUAACAGGUAUUUGUAACCAUUUGGCACUGACAGGAACAAAUAAGAAAUUUUCUGUUAAAAUUUUGGAUUUGAGGUCCUCCAAACCUCAUUAUAAAAUUAAUGGGAAAAAGUAACUAUCUCCACUCUUUUGUCAAUAAUUCACGGUUUUACUCCUUUGUAAUAAAAAUGAUGUGUUCCAUGUUGCUUUUCUUUCCCUGUUAAGCUGUGCUGCAACCAUAAGAGUAUUUGAGAGUAUUCAUGUGUGUGUUUCUCAGUUUGUGUCAGACAUAUUCCCUUGACAGCCUGCUUCAUCUCCACUAAACAUAUGAAGCUCCCACACAAACUGGCACGGUAGUGACUCAGCUACUGCUGUGAAACAAGUUCCCUGUACAGUUAGAGUUCUUAAAAAGUUUAUCAGACUUUUUUAAACUUAUGUGAAAAAAGACAAGGCCAAAGGCUGACAUUUUGGCAGGUAAGACCUUUCCAAAGACAUACUUUUAUGUCUUUAAUGAAAACCUGUCCCCACUUUCGUUAAUUGUAUGUUUCAUCAGAAUACCGUGUAACAGAUCCAGAAAUGUCAGCUAUUUUUCUGAGCCCAAGCCAUUUUAAAUGGACCAAGGUAGAGUGGAAAUCUGUCCUCUAGUUUGACAAAUCAAUUUUUUACAUUCUUUCUACAUCAUCCACCAUAUGAAAAAGAAAGGGGCCACCAGGUUUGUUACUAGGGCACAGUUUAAAAGCCAGCAUUUAUGAUGGUGAGGGGAUGCAUAAGUGCACAUGGCAUGAUAGUUACACAUCAAGCAGUGCACCAUUAAUGUUCAGAUACACUGCAUUUCAAGCAACAUAUGCUGCCAUCCAGAAAGGGUCUUUUUCGUGACAACAGGGUGGCUUGGUAGGAGGAAAGUCAUAAAGCCUCUUUCCUUGUUGCUCUGUUGUGUAGCUCACUGAGUGUGGACAGAACAGGUCACUCUGUGGCCUGUGAAGCCCCAGUGGCCUAAUGGAUAAGGCACUGGCCUCCUAAGCCAGGGAUUGUGGGUUUGAGUCCCAUCUGGGGUGAUUUGCAGCAGAGUGGCGCAGCAGAAGCGUGCUGGGCCUAUAACCCAGAGGUCGAUGGAUCGAAACCAUCCUCUGCUAGCAUUCUUUUUGAAUGCUAUCUUAGUUUACACCCCUCAUCAUUCAACAAAAUUGAACAACAGUUCCUACUAGAUAAAGGCUACGAUAAACUGAAAUCUGAUUGACACUGAUUUCUAACAAAGUUUCCAGGCCUUUUACCUACCAUCUCUCAACUGCUCUUGAGCCACUAUCAAAAGCAUAUAGCCUCUGGAGAACACCAGACGCCUACCACUUCCAAAAAAAAGUGAAAAACUUGACCUAACUGCACAUACUUUAAGGAUGUCACCACAGGACAGUGUUGGUGUGUAUUUUGAACCCAGUCAUUUAGCUGCCUGCAUUGUGGCUCUGUAGUGUUGUAGUAUAACUCACUGAGUGAGGAUAGAACAAGCCAGCUCUUCCUCUGUGAAGCCCCAGUGGCCCCAUGUGAAGUCCAGGGAGUCAAGCAAUGCUGGGGCUCAGGAUGAGUGAGGACCAUCUUGACCAAAAAAACUGAAGGCAAAAUUGAUUUGUAUUCUUUCUAACUCUCACACAUGAAAAUUUACUUUCUGGUCCCCUUUUGUAGAUGGUUUCCUUGUGAGGCAACAAACAACUCUGUUGUAGCCCCCAUCACGGUGUGAAAUUAAAAUGUACUUUUUGACAUCAUCGGGAAAGACAGAUAGCCCUGAGUUCACAAGUGUUAUGGGUGCCUUUGAGUGCUGUUGUUUUUGGAAAGUAAUCCACUCACUAAAAAUGUCAGGAUAGAGGGUGAAUGCCAAAACUCAGAGCAGGGCAGAAGUCGUUUGUGUGCUGACAUCAGUAUGACACAUGAGCUUGGGCCGCAUCUUUGUGCUCAGGCAAGACCACAAUAGUUGUCUGUUUCUGCCACAAUAGCCUCACAGGCUGCUGGUGUGUAUUUUGAACUCAGCCAUUCAGCUCCCUGCAUUGUUGCUCCGUAGUGUAGCUCACUGAGUGUGAACAGAACAGGUCACUCUGUGGCCUGUGAAGCCCCAGUGGCCUAAUGGAUAAGGCACUGGCCUCCUAAGCCAGGGAUUGUGGGUUCGAGUCCCAUCUGGGGUGGUUUACAGCAGAGUGGCGCAGCGGAAGCGUGCUGGGCCCAUAACCCAGAGGUCGAUGGAUCGAAACCAUCCUCUGCUAGCAUUCUUUUUGAAUGCUAUCUUAGUUUACACCCCUCAAACUUGACCUAACUGCACAUACUUUCAGGAUGUCUGUUUUGGCCAACAAAUGAUGUGCACUCUUCCAAGGUGCCAACAUGUUCACCACAGGACAGUGUUGGUGUGUAUUUUGAACCCAGUCAUUUAGCUGCCUGCAUUGUUGCUCCGUAGUGUAGUUCACUGAGUGUGGACAAAACAGGUCCCUCUGUAGGCUGUGAAGCCCCAGUGGCCUCCCCAAUAGCAGAGUCGCCCGCUAUGGCCGUCCAUUUCUUGCCAAUCAGAUUGUCUCCCCUCUCCAUUUCUCUCCAUUUCUUGCCAAUGAGAUCUCUCCCCUCUCCAUUUCGUUCCAUUUCUUGCCAAUCAAAUAAUUCCCUGAUCUCCAUUUCUUGCCAAUCAGAGCUUCAGCCUGGAGCUCCAUUUCUCACCAAUCAAAACGCACCUCUGUUUCCAUUUUUCUUUCCACCUCAACUCCCGCCUCCUUCCGCGUCGACCAAUCAGAUGGCUUUUGCUGCCUCUGUGUUUACAGCAACGGCAAGUGCAGUCAAAGGUGACACCGGCAUCUUCCACGGUAAGUAAUUAAAAAGUUUUUGAGUUUUCCGUUGAAAACCUGCUGGCUGUAUCAAAGUGAACUAACUGCGAAAGCGUGCAGCAUGAAGUUUUCACUGACUCGCGGUUAUUGACUUGUAUUUAGCCUCUACAAUAACGAAGCACAGUGUGAUGGCUGUAAUGAAAACAGUGACAUAUCCAGCAAAACAAACAAACAAGCAAAUAAACAAGUAAACAAACAGCUAAAGCUUUCCUUUGUAGCCUGACAAGUGUUGAUGUGUCUAAGAAUAUAUUUUUCUUGUAUUUUACGUUGCAAAGCCCUUCAUCAGGUCAUAAAAUGAUAAUGUACUGUUUAAAUUCAUACACUUAGUAGCUUGUUGUUUGGAGUUUGGCCCAGUCAUGCAGGAAAUAGGCCAACUCCUAGGCAAAAAAAGUGACAUGAACUCUAUCACAAGGUAGAUCUUUCAUCAUAGGUCAGUAUCACAAUGAAGUAAUAAGUAUGUAUCCUGGUAUAUCUUAAAUGUGUUUUGUGACAGAUUGAAAAGUGUCCACUCCAAAAUUGGGGUCAGAUGUCUUUGUUUGGUGUGGCACAGGUCUGCUCGUGUGGGUUUCACAGUCAAACGGUAAACUGGAUUGGUAAAUUUGAAUGAUUCACCACAAUAUUGUAUGUAAUAAUAGAGUUCAUUAAAUUAAGGAAUGAAACCAGUAAAAAUUAAUCUGUUACUACAGCUGAAGAGACGGGUAAAACUUUUUGACAAGUGGUUGUCAUGCAGUAAUACAUUUACAAAUUAAACAAAACCCACAAACAUCUUUAACUAAAUUAUGAGAGUUCUUUCUCUUGUUUCUUCAGACACAUCCAGAACAGACAGUUAGAUCUGCCACCUCAUCAGUCUGCAUCAACUGUGGCUGGCUCCUCUGCAGUCCCUCACAGAGUUGCUGCACCCUCAGAGGUUGCUGUGCAGCGACCCAAACUCACCCUUCAAAUGGUACUCAAGAAGCACAGUUUUAUUAAAAAUCGAAUCUGAAUUUAAUACAAUAAAGUACGCAAAAAGAUGAUUAAUCUUUUACUGGCAUUAAUCCUUCAGUUUGAAAAAUCCCAGUUUGGUGGUUCUCUGAGUUCUGCAGUCAAGCCAAACCUUAGUCUCGCCAGGAGAACUCAUCAGGUAUGAUAAAAAAAACUGGAUUGAUAAAUCUAGUCGUAAAUUUUCAUAGUUGUUUAAAACUUCUUAACUAGCAUCUGUUAUUGAUAUGGGUUGUUUCUAUUUAGGCUGUAUUUGGACAGAGGAAAAAGUGCCUAGAAAGUGAAUCUCAUUCCACUUAAGUGGGGCAACAUAAACUGUGAUUCGUAAGAUAGCUCUAUUGAUAGUAAGUACUAAAAAAAAUAUAUCUACUCAUGCCGUCCUGUCGAUUUUUAGUAAUCAGUGUUUCGGUGUCGAACUAUUUCCCUUCUGCGGCGUAGUGAUACUUGCACACACGCAAUCGAAUAUGCAGGGGGUGAAGCCAUUUUUGUCACGUCGACCAAUAGGAGCCGAGUCUCGUUGCCAUAGUAUCAGAAAUACACAAACAUGGCGACGACCGCAUCUCGCAGCGAGACAAGCGAAGAGGAAGAAAAGAAAAGGAAAAAAAGAUAACAGCCUUCAAAAGUGCAUAAAAAUGGAACGAAACGAUGCUAUAUGCAUCUAUCAUCUGUCCAGAGUGAAGACGUUCUCGACUUUACAAGGACACGUUGGGAAACUUACAUAACUAGUAUUAGAAAGUGGUUUUCUCUACAGGGUGAGACAAGGACCUUGCAGAAACUUAUAAACAUUGCAUUGAUAUCGACUUUGACAAUGUUCCUGAUGACGCUGGGUUUCACAUGACAUGCUACCAGCGAUUUAUUUGCAAAAUGCGUUUGAGAAACAAGAACGUGAUGCAGCCUCGGGUCAGUCAAACCCUUAACGCAGCAUCGCCGAUGCAUCCACGUCCACGGCAUCUGAAA